GUCGUAUAGUUGUAACAUAUAUAAGCAUGGUGGUUGGUAGUAGAUCUAUAAGAUACAAGAGUGAAGUAAUACAAAAUGUUAAGAUAUUAUGAAAGCAAGUCAAUUACGCAAAAAUACCAGAAGUAUCGGCCACACUACCCAGUUCAAUUAGCCGAAGAUGCGCUGGGAAACUUCAAGGAAAAGAAAUUGGAUUUUCUACUUGAUGUCGGUUGCGGUGGUGGACAAUCAGUGAAUAUAUUUGCUCCCUACUUUCAUGAAGUGCUAGCCAUCGAUCCUAGCGAGAAUCAAAUUAAAGAAGCGAGAUCUCAAAACAAGUUUGCUCACGUGACUUACAAACAAGGAAUUGCAGAGAAGCUACCAUGUGAUGACGUCAGUGUUGACGUCAUUACGGUUGGAACUGCAAUACACUGGCUUGAUCGUCCAAAGUUUUACGAAGAAGUCACUCGAGUUUUGAAACCGAAUGGUCGGUUAAUUAUAUUUGGAUACUGGUCUCCAGAAAUAGUCCCGUUGUGUUUGUUGAAUGGUGAUGAUACAAAAUUGUCGGAAAUUGGAACUCAACUUUUAAAAAAUACCUUUAACCAUCUCACUGAGUGGAAUUCGGUUUUCCACGAGCGUCAUUCGCAUGUUCGCGACAAAUACAACCAAAUAUUUGGCGAAAUACCCUUUCCUAAUAAAAGGCGAUUCGACAACAAGUUUAUGAAAUACAUUUGGUCGCUCGUUGACAUGAAAGGAAUGAUUCAAUCAGUUGACUCUUAUGAAACUUACAUGAAAAGCAAAGAAUUGGAACUGAAAGAACUUUCGGAAGAAGAACGCAACGCAAGACUGCUCGAACUGGAUUACAGUGAACAGUUCGUGAGAUCGCUCAAGGAAAGUUGGGGGUGUACGGAAAUGGAAAACUCAGACGUCAAAAUGCAAGUCGUCUUCAACUUUUUCGUUCUUGUUGCUGAUAAACCAAAUCAAUAAAUAACAGCAACAGCUGGUUGUAUUGUAAAUAAAAUAACUGUUGGCCACCCUAAUAUCAUGUUUAUAUAUUAUUGGUAUAAACAUAUUUAAAUAUUGUAUCCUUGUUACACCAAACAACCUAUUUAUGUAUAUAUUUGUAUAAUCUUUUAUAUGGUGUACUAAUGCAAAUAUCAUUUUGUUGGAAUUUGGAAUAUACAUCGUAUUUUGCAUUUAACAUUCUAAAUCGUAUAUUCUCAAAAAGCGUUUUCCGAUUACUCAAUCGAAAUAAAAAAUUCAACAAAUUCGUUAAAAUUCGGUAUUCGUUAUUGUAACAACUAAUGCAUUUGGAGGUUGCAUUUAUUG